AUGUUCAAUGGCAAUUUGCUUGGCAUUGGGAGUUUUGGAUCUGUUUACAAGGGGAUUCUCAAUGACGGAAGGUCUAUUGCUGUAAAGGUUUUCAAUUUGGAAUUGGAAGGAGUACUCAAGAGCUUUGAUGUAGAGUGCAAAGUCCUGAAGAACCUUCGCCAUCGAAAUCUUGUGAAGGUCAUCAGCGGUUGUUGGAACCAGGAUUUUAGGGCCUUGGUGCUUGAAUACAUGUGCAAUGGAAGCCUUGAGAAAUGGCUGUAUUCUGACAACUAUUUCUUAGAUACUCUACCGAGAUUGAAUAUAAUGAUAGAUGUGGCAAAUGCUGUGCAAUAUCUCCACGAAGAAUAUUCAACGCCUGUGAUUCACUGUGAUUUGAAGCCCAGUAAUGUCUUACUUGAUGAGGAUAUGGUUGCCCACGUCAGCUACAAUUGGCUACAUUGCUCCAGCUAUGGAAUCAUGCUGAUGGAAGUUUUUUCAAGAAGAAAGCCUAAUGAUGAAAUGUUUGCUGGAAAUUUGAACUUGAAGAGUUGGAUAAAUGAUUCUCUGCCUAAUUCGAUUCUUCAAGUCAUUGAUGCUAAGUUGUUGAAGCGUGAGGAUGAAAAUUUCACUGAGAAGUUGGAGUGUUUUUCAUCCAUCAUGGAAUUGGCCUUAAAAUGUGUUCGUGAAUCUCCGAGUGAGAGAGUUAGUAUGAAAGUUACACUGGAGACACUGAAGAAGAUCAAACUCAAAUUCUUGAGGGUGAGAGUGGAGGGCAGGAUGGAGGUCUUAUGCCGGUGGGACCCAUGCCCUGCCAUUACGGCUCUGCUCCCUAUGUCUUGGCAUCAUCAGCGUGCAGCUGAGGUGGAGUUGCCGAGGUCACCUACACGGUAUACUGGGGAUGUGGCCGAGCUUAGGGGGUAUGCCCAAGGGCACGGAUGA